UCCAGCCCGCCAGCUGCCUCGCGGACCAGUAGGCGGCGGUAGAGGCGCACCCUAUUGCGGCCCUCCUCCCUCCCAGGGGGCCGGCCCUGAAAGCCAGGCUUCCUCCACGUUCAGGUGGACUACGGUUUGCACCCUGGGAGGGCUUGCAAGAAAGCGGGGCAUGCUCAGGUGCCUGGAGCCGGAUGCAGAUGGGGUAGGGCGAGCGCACGUGGAGCUUGUUUACAAAUAGAGGCCGCGGCGCCUGCGCCUCGUAGCGCUCGCCGGCCCCGCGGAACGAGCUGGAGCGGAGAUCAUGAGGCGAGCAAAGUAAAGCUACAGUUCGGCUGAAAGAAGACAUGAAAAAGAUAGUGGCAGUGCCACUAAGUGAGCAGAAGAAUUCUACCUAUAAGAAGUUAUUUGGCGUCAGCCUCCAAGACCUUCAACAGCAGGGACUCACUGUGAAUGGCAUUCCAGCUAUAGUGGGGAAUAUAGUGGAGUACUUGACGAAGAAUGGACUCACCCAGGAAGGCCUUUUUAGGGUGAAUGGCAACAUGAAGGUGGUGGAGCAGCUGCGCCUGAAGUUCGAGAGCGGCGUGCCUGUGGAGCUCCGGGAGGACGGCGACGUGUGUGCAGCGGCCAGUCUGUUAAAGCUCUUCCUGAGGGAGCUGCCCGAGAGUGUGAUCCCCGCGGCCUUGCGUCCUCGGUUCCUUCAGCUCUUUCAGGAUGACACAAAUGAUGCUCAGGAGAAUAGCUUAAGAGCCUUAAUAAAAGAGCUGCCAGACACGCACUACUGCCUCCUCAAGUUCCUCUGCCAGUUCUUGACAAAGGUAGCCGAGCACCAUGUGCAGAAUCGCAUGAAUGUCCACAAUCUCGCCACUGUGUUUGGGCCCAAUUGCUUUCAUGUGCCACCUGGGCUUGAAUGCAUGAAAGAGCAAGACCUCUGCAACAAGAUAAUGGCUACAAUACUAGAAAAUUACAAUACCCUGUUUGAAGUAGAGCACACAGGAAAUGAUAACCAGAGUUGUGAAAACCCAACGAAGCUUAUCAUCGUAAAAGAGGCCAGUUAUAAGAACUCCACACCCAUCCUUCUAACAAAAGACUUAGAAAGAGAUGUGCAAAAACCAUCUCCAAAAACCAAGAUCCCAAAGUCCAAGAGUGAGGGAUCUCUUCAGGUCUACAGGGUACCACAGCCCGAGCGAUGUGAUGGUGUUGCUCAGGUCAGCCUGCGGCUAAGUCGUAGAAAACCCGGCUGGGGUGACAUGAAUUCAGCAGAGGACACUAGUGGGGCCAAGUUGGUAUCCAGUUCACAGGAGGAUGAAAGACCUCUGUCACCUUUCUAUUUGAGUGCCCGUGUAUCCCAAGUCAGCAGCGUUUCGACAACAGGAGAACUCUUAGAAAGAACUAUCCGGUCAGCUGUGGAGCAGCAUCUUUUUGAUGUUAGUAGCUCUGGAGGCCAAAGCUCAGAGGACUCAGAAUCUGGAACAUCCCUAGCCCCUUCCACCGCAUCCGCCAGGCAGCGCCGCUGCCAGUCCAAGGAGCAGGAUGAGGUUCGACACGGCAGAGACAUGGGACUCAUCAACAAAGAAAAUAUUCCUUCUGGGCUCAGCAACCUUGAUGAUUGUAUUUUGAAUGCUCAGGAAGUGGAAAAUUUACAUGAAAAUACUUCUGGCUAUAUUGGAGAAAGGAGCAAACCUAAACGUCAGAAAUCCACUUCCAAACUUUCUGAUCUCAAUGAAAAUCAAGAUUAUCUUGUGAAUAUGGGAAGUCUCAACUCCACCCCAUCUCAUGAGAGUGCUAGACCUGAUCCUAUUGAACUGAUGUCUGAUGACAGGAAAGAAAAUGAAAAAGACAGUGGCCACAGUCAGCAUUUUGAGAGCCCCACGAUGAAGAUCCAGGAGCACCCCAGCAUCCCUGACACCAAACUGCAGAGGACUCCUGAUGCUGACACCCCGCAGGAGAGCUUCGUCCUGGAGGUGCCCCGGCUGGACCUGACCGCCUUGUGUGAGGGCAAGAGCUGGGCAGAUCCCAUGCCUGCUUUGUCCUCAUGGCAGCAGGAGAACGGGGACUCUGACGAUGCGCCCCUCUCCCCACCAGUCGGGCAUCUCAUUCGUCAGCUUCUGGACGAAGAUAGCGACCCCAUGAUCUCUCCUCGGUUCUACUCGUAUGGACAGAGUAGGCAAUACCUGGAUGACACAGAAGUGCCUCCUUCUCCCCCAAAUUCCCACUCUUUCAUGAGGCAACGGAGCUGCUCUCUGGGGUCCUACGAUGACGAACACGAGGACCUGACACCUGCCCAGCUCACACGAAGGAUUCAGAGCCUUAAAAAAAAGAUCCGGAAGUUUGAGGACAGAUUCGAAGAAGAGAGGAAGUACAGACCCUCCCACAGCGACAAAGCAGCCAAUCCUGAGGUUCUGAAGUGGACAAACGACCUUGCCAAAUUCCGGAAACAACUAAAAGAGUCAAAACUAAAGAUAUCUGAAGAGGACCUAACUCCCACGCUGCGGCAGCGAAGCAACACACUCCCCAGGAGUUUCGGUUCCCAACUUGAGAAAGAAGAGGAGAAGAAGCAAGAGGUGGUAGAUAAAGCAACCAAGCCCAACGUGGAAGCCACGCUGGACUCCAUCCAGCGGAAGCUGCAGGAGAAGCGGGCAGAGAGCAGCCGCCCCGAGGACAUUAAGGACAUGACCAAAGACCAGAUUGCUAAUGAGAAAGUGGCCCUGCAGAAAGCUCUGUUACAUUAUGAAAGCAUUCAUGGACGGCCGGUCACCAAGAAUGAACGUCAGGUUAUGAAGCCACUCUAUGACAGGUACCGGCUUGUCAAACAGAUCCUGUCCCGAGCCAACACCAUGCCCAUCAUGGGUUCCCCUUCCAGCAAGCGGAGAAGCCCUUUGCUGCAGCCAAUUAUCGAGGGCGAAACCGCUUUCUUCUUCAAGGAGUCAAAGGAAGAAGAGGAGGGUUCAGAAGAAGAUAGCAACACCAAGCCAGACUUCACGGUCACUCUGAAAACCGAGUUCAGUGCUCAUUGCUUUCUCGACCAAUUUGAAGAUGGCGCGGAUGGGUUUAUUUCCCCGAUGGAUGAUAAAAUGCCAUCAAAGUGCAGCCAGGACUCCGGGCUUUCAAACCUGCAUGCUGCUUCAAUCCCAGAACUCUUGGAACACCUUCAGGAAAUGAGAGAAGAAAAGAAGAGGAUUCGAAAGAAACUUCGCGAAUUUGAGGACAAUUUCUUCAGACAAAAUGGAAGAAAUGUCCAGAAGGAAGACCGCACGCCUAUGGCUGAAGAGUACAGCGAAUACAAGCACAUCAAGGCGAAACUAAGGCUCUUGGAGGUGCUCAUCAGCAAGAGGGACGCUGAUUCCAAGUCCAUGUGAGGGGCAGCCCCGCUCGAGCAGCUGCCUCCCCCGGUGAAGAGCAGCUCUGCAGACACGGAGGCAGCCCCAGAGCUGGACCUGCAAAGCCUGGAGCCCUUCCGCCUCCAGGCCUUGGGAGCGGCUCGUUUCCCUCUUCCCCUCGCCGGCCUUAGAAGCCACCUGCUGGGAGGAGGCCGCGCUGGUCCUGACUUGGGAAUCCUGUAAGGGAAAGUCGGGGUCCCUGCGUUCAUGGCGCUCGGACACUCACGGGAGCCUUUCUAACACUAGCGGUGAUGAAUCACUACAUGGAGGCACCUCAUCCACAGAGCAUGUGCACUCUGCUCCCAUGGAUAGCAGAAUGCAAUCUAACUGGGAUGAAACCCAGCUCAGGCCUUCGUGGAGCAAACGUGCUGGGCAGCUCCCUGUGCUCUCUGGACCCCGUAAAUGGGGCCGUGCACUGGAGCCCUCUUUGCUGCCUCGGCCAAUCCUGUGACCUGUCCACAGAGCGGCGCCUUCCCCACGCGUGUGAAUUGUUUCUCGUCAGCUCUCAGGGCGGUGGAAGCUGCGUCUGCCCAGAGAGGCAGCAGACAUCCCUGCCCGUGUGCUUCGAGGCGACCUCCGCUGCCCCGGGCCUGGGUCACCGCAGAGGACAGAGGGAGGGUAGCAGGAGCUACGCUGACGCCGACUUUUAAAUCCGGUAACAGGGUGCCGAGCCUAGAGAGGCCUUUCCUGAACGUUGACUGCACUCACCAGUCUUGGGAUCCGAGCAUCAGAGACGAAGCGAGGCCAGCAUGUGGUAUGGGGCUCCCGUGUGGGGCUUGGUUUCGUGUUGGCAUUAGCCACGUGGAAAGGGCCUUGUUUCAUUCUUAGCCGAAGUGCAUGAGGAUCGUGAGAGUGAGAGCGAGAGCACCUGUGUUCUCAGCCACCUGAGUACUUACCAAUUUUUUUUUUUUUUAAGUAAACCUGCACUAAAAUCCCCUCCCUCAGGGGUAAAUGUAGCCCUUGGAUCGCAGCCCAAGGCAGAAUCUAAAUCACACUAUUUCAAGAUCAUGUAUAAAGAGAACAAAUCAUGAUGUGUAGCCGAUUACCUUAUAAUUUUUUUCAAAGACUGUGUCACAAAACUGUCUAUAUUAGACAUUAUGGCGGGACCAGGGAAUUUCAGACACCAAAUCAUUCAUCUCCACAGUGUGCUGACAUCACCUCGUGAUUUGUUGUUACUUUUUACGCUUUUCUGUCCGCACCCGGGAAAGUGGGUUCUGGUUCUGUCCGUCCUGGGUCCGCCCUGUGCGCUGCGAGGCCGAGGCCGGGCAGGGUCCGCACACAGCCGCAGCCGCUGGUUGCCGGGAGGGGGCGCUCCGGCAGCUCUGCCUUUUGAAGACAAUGUUGCAGGUUGAACAGGACCACGGGACCCCACCUCUGUGUUGUGCCAUUUUGUGUGUUUUUAAAAAGAAAACAUAAAACUCUAUUGACCAUUUGUCAGUUUCAGAAAACGGGUUCUUGAGAGACUGGUCAGAUGGGAUUUACAGCAGCGUUUCCCCUCGCUAACGUGCGGGGGCAGCUCUGUCGACUGAAAGCCGUUGGAGCUGAGAUGGGUGAGAAAGAACGCCUCUAAGUUUGCUCCUAAGUGUGUUUCUGUAGGAGCGUGAGCAAUGUGUCCGCAGCGCCCUGGUCUCAUCCACACACGUAAAGACGGUACCGAACCUUGUAAAUGUAAAGGCAAAUGAAAAUAUAGUUUGGUAUUCUCUGCUCUACUGUUUACAUUGCAGAUUGCUGUAAUUUCAAGGAGUUAUAUUAUAAAUAAAAUGACGCACUUUAGGAUGUUUUCUAUUUUUGAAAUCAGAAAAUGAAUCAUUCACAUGACCAAAAAUUGUAUUUUUAAAAGAAAUACAUGCCUCGUCUGCCCCUUGUAAAUAAUUGUUCUCUUAAAUAAGCUACGAUGUAAAUCACAUCACGACCAGCUGAGUGUUAAAGCACAUCUGUUUAAAAGUAUUGUUUUGAAAAUACUAACGUGCAAAGGAAUUUAUAAAGAGGAAAAGUUAUAUAAAUGAGAAGUUUGUAAAUGUUUCAAAAUCUACUGUUUCUGCCAAAGGUAAGUUAUGUAAAAGAUUUAUUCAGGAAACCCCAUUCAAAUUUGUAUGAUUCAAUAAAAGACACCACCAAGUUACAGUAAAAUAAAUUGUGUAGGGACUGUCGUGUUUUCCCUUGAAAAUUCUAAUCGUCUAUAUCCUUUGUGGAAUGGCACCCAGAAUUAAGGGGGGGGGACCUAUUUACACUAGGUCCUCUCUGAAGACCCGUUAGUAGGUUCCGACUGCCGGUAAUGCUGAGGCGAAAAUUGUUUCCACAGCAACCAGUUCUGCAGCCCAGGGUCCCCAGGCCCUGGAGGCAGCACCUUAAUUGGCUUCGCUCCGGGCUAUGUUUUUCCUUUGCUCUCUUGGGAAUGUGUGUGCUUACUGCUAGUGCCCACAAAACAAACGUCAAGGGCUACUUAUUCACAGUGAGUGAAGGCGAAGCAUGAGUAAACUUGAUUGUGCGGUUGUAAGAAUCAGAGAUAGAAGAGGCUUGUAAUUUCCACAAGCAUUUGCUUUCAUUGGGCUUAGUCUGGAGUAAACACUGAAAUACAUGUUUACGGGAAGUGCGGAAUCAUAACUGCGUUUCAUCUUGGAAUCGUUUAGUUCAGAUUGCACUGGUCAGUCAUGUAUGUGCAAGGUUUAGUCUGAGGGGCCUGCUUAGGCGUUUUCGAGACAGCCGACGUCUUCCUGAGCUGGUAGAAGAAAGCCGGCCGGUCUGUGAUCUCCGAUUCAGGGGAGAUUUCCGUGAAAUCAAAUCAGAUUAGAUUUCUCCCCUUCGGUUAGCAGGUGGCACCCAGGAUCAGCGUGGCCCGGGCAGGGACCAGCGGCAUCCCGGCUCUCUGUAACCUGGGUGCGGUUUUUGCUUUGCCUCAUUCUGUGCCACAUGGCCCAGUGCAGAGCGCCUGUGGCAGGUGCGUCUGCAAUAUUAAGGUGUUUUUUUAAUCAGAAUCACAGGGUGGUCCCGGUGCCAAUUACUUUGGUUCUUUCUGGGGCUGCCUAGUUCUCAGUAGACAGAAUUGGGCCCAAUAGCUAGAACUGAGCACAGAUUUACCAGGAAAAUCCAAUUUUAAAGUUUGUUGCUUAAUUUUCUAGUGCUUCUUAAUCUGAUAAUGAAGAUGCCAUUUUUCGUAAGGGUUACUCCUUCCUACUUUUGAUGCUGUAUGAAUACCUGAGUGCCGUAAACUCGGAACUGCUCUGUGAGAAGGUUGUAGUCUAAAUUCCCUUUUCCUUCCAUAGGGGUCUCCCUGACACUCUGCCUCCUGGGCCCUCCCCAUCCCCGCUCCCCGCUCCCCGCUCCCUUCUCCGCAGGUGGGAGUGGUGGCUUCCGCACCAAGACCCACAGGCACUUCCUUCCUGUUCUUUUCCAGGAUCCGUUUGGCUAAGUCAACAGGGAGGGGCAGAGCCGUACUAACAUGUUGAGGCAGUGUUUCCUCUGAAGCCCAGAACCCAGAACCUGCUUCCCUUCCCCGGCCUUGUUCCCCCACUUGCCCCUCACAUGUACUGCGGAGUGUAUUUUGUCAAGUUGUGCGUCCUGGCCCUUCUUCACGGGUGGCCGCGCGGCCCGCUCCGAACGGGAGUGCUGUCCCUGCCUGCCCCGUGUCACCCGUCACUUUCCCGAGUGGAGACAGCCCUGCGGACACCCGCGUCCCCCCCCCCCUCGGUCCUGCACAGCAGGUGUGUGUGGGCAGACCACGGCCACGUAGGUUUUCACAGACGGGGAUGAAAGUGACCUGUGUACACCCACAACUUCGUGUUGCCAUGAAGCCGCAGUUAGGUCUCCGGAGAAUCUCAUUGUGCCUGGAAUCCGGCCAGUCGCGGUCAUGUGCGCGGCCCGGGCACCGUUUUGGCAGACCCAGUUCUCCCUCCGAAAGCGCCUCCCCAGUCACGAAAAUCUCCAGGAGCCGAUACAGUGUUAUCAAUGAAAUGGGCCCGGAACAAUGUAAGCAGAAAGCAUUAGAAAUUGGAAUUGUCCUUUUUAAAAACGUAAGCUGGAUGAAAAUGUUGUGUACGCUUUUGUACACGACUGUUUUGUAUGAACUGAAAUAAAAUAUUUUGAACUGUG